UUUUUGUGAACCAGCUAAGAAAUGUUUCUAGCUGCAAAUGUAAUGGCCAUCGGAAAUAAUUAAGAUAUUAGUCUAUAAGCCGUCUAGCUGCAUGCCCAUUCGGCUAUUGUAGAGUUUUAUGACUGGCUGGUAUAUGAGGUUUCUCCCUCUCCUCUAAGAGCAGCUUCAGUCGUGGGAGAGCCUUUCAGACGGAGAGGAGGCCCGGCUCUCAGCUAGAAAUCUGAACUGUACAGAAACACUGUGGAUAAAACAUUACCUUCUGCUUUAGUUUGGGAAUACUGGGAUUCACAUUUCCAGGGUCGGCGUUGAUUUCACUCUGCAGUCCUGCGCCAUAAUGAAAUCCAUGUCUGCCUGCUGAUUGGAUGAGUGUCCAGGCCUGAAUCACGUGGGUGAGUUCUUUAGUCCAGAGUAAAAAUGGGGUUUGGUGUAAAUCUAGGGUGUAUUGCUGUCAUAUAUCACACUACCUCGUAAAAACGACACUGAGGAUUCUGGGCCAACAAAUCAGAGAGAAAAAUAUGAGUUCUUAUUAUGUGGACGGUCUUCUUAGCAAAUAUACAGCGGGCAGUUCUCUCUUCCCAAACGUAGAGCGGGCGUCUUGCAGUAUUGGACCCAGUGGAGAGGACUAUGGCUCGGCUCGGACUGCUUCGGCCAUCGCGUUUCCACCGUCGCUGUCUGGAGUUUACAGCGUCAAUAAUGCAGUGUACCAGAGCCGCCCCGUGUUUACCUCGGGCUAUGGCCAGGGGCAGGACGCACACACACUGCACUGCAGCCUGUUUGACCAAAGCCGCCUGUUCACCGACAGCUGCUGCCAUCUGGAGCCGGGACCCCUCACCUCGCCGCCGGACAAACAAUACCGGAUGUACCCCUGGAUGAGAGCAUCAGAUCCAACCCGAAAGCGGGGGCGGCAGACCUAUUCCCGGUACCAGACCCUGGAGCUGGAGAAGGAAUUCCAUUUCAACCGGUACCUGACCCGCAGGAGGAGGAUCGAGAUAGCCCAAGCCCUCUGCCUCACAGAGAGACAGAUCAAAAUCUGGUUUCAGAACCGCAGGAUGAAGUGGAAGAAAGACCACAAGGAGGAACCGGUAUCGACCCCCGGGGAAAAGGACCUUGAUAUCCAGGCGGUGUCAGAGCCCGAAGCUGGAGACGACCGGAGCGCCGGUUUGGAGUCAGAAACAGCUGCAAAGUAACGAAAGAGACGGACAAAGCAUCAAAAGAAAGAAAAAUACUGUUAAAUGUGGUCUACAAAUAUAUCUGAGAUGUUUCUCACAUACCAUUCAUGCACUAAGAGCUUUGUAGGCUAAUUAAGUGAAUGACAGCUGAAAGCAAUUGUGUAAUAAGUAUUUAACAGUAGGCUGUUUGAUAUUUAAUGUUAAAACCCAAAAUGCAUAAAAAGGCUCCGCAUGGAAUAGCGAUAUUAACUACCUAUCCAAACUCUAUUUUUAUAUGUAGCCUAAUUUAACCCGAUUGUACUACUGAAUCCACAUUCCUUAACGAAAAACUACCUAUUAUUUACCUGCUAAUAUUAAAACACUCACACAAGGAAUUCAACGUUAGUUGAAAUUGACUGUAAAUUAAUAUAUUCUACCUAUUCGAAUAUUUUUUCUCCAGACAUUUUCUAAAUGGAUACAAAUACAAUAUUCUGCGCAAAUGUGCCUUAUUGUGAAUAAAUAAAAGUGAAUGUUUUGUUAGUUAAAUGCCUCAAACUGUGAUUUAGAUGCUUCUGUAGAUUUCAGUAAGUGUACCGCUGUAUCAUUUUAUUAUCACUGCUUACCCCUUAGGAUGUUAAUAUGCAUGUUUUCGAUACUUAUUUACCCCCCAUACGCCCCAGGAUUAACAGAAAUAUUUGUUUAGUUUCGGGUGAACUCAUGUGACCUACCUCAGAUCCCCAGAAAGUCAACUUGCUUAUUAUACUGUAAACAGGAACGUAAAUGUUUAAGUCUUUAGCCGUGUACUGUAAAAUUUUAUAUUUCAUUUAGGAAGAUUUUCAGGCUCAACAUUUCAUACGUGUUGUGAAUGGCAACAAUAAAUGAAUGCCCCUUUAUUUAGACAGCAUUACAUUUCAGUAUAAAGUCAUUACUUUUUUUAGUAUAAAAUGAGUACGCAAUAGUAAUCCAACAUAUGCAAAUACUGUGAUAAAUUUUGUGCCCAAUUUUUCAAUGUGAAUUAUAGGCUGAGUAAUAUGUGAACAAAUAAAUAUAAAAAGUCUUAAGCCUCUGGGAAUGUCUUACAUCUGUAAAUGAAAAUAUAAUUAUUGAAUAAAAUAGCUUUUACCUGUC